GAUACUGUGGCAACUCCAGCCAUGGCCACACUCAAGACCGAAGCCCUGUCAAAGGCGGGAACAGCUUCAGCUGAGCAAGAUGCAAGUCCCGAGCCGACAGCUGAAGGGCCUUCAGGGCUCAAGGGUCCCGAGCUCUCAAAGGAGCAGGUCCUAGGUGCUGCCUUGGGCACCUUGAGCGGCACAGCUUCAGCGACACUGGGUUCUCUCGUGGUUAGCCAG